CUUACCACCGGAAGUGCCAUUCCAAUCCUGCGUCGUCACUCAACCCCGGAGUGACUCGCGGGGCAACAACAGCGGUCCACGUGCACCCAAGUGCUGCGUCGCGUGACUCCGGGCAGCCAAUCGGAGAACGCUUCGUGUAGUACUGUCGCCCUAUUUCCUUGCGCCGCGCCUUGAAAGGGAUGUUAUAAGGGAAGCGUUGAGGAAACUGACGGAGAGGGAAACAGACCGGUUGACGGGUCGGAGGCGAAUUAAGGUGGCUUAACAAUGGCUACAACACAAUCUGUCUUCAUAUUUGCACUCUGUAUUUUAAUGAUAACAGAAUUAAUACUGGCUGCAGAAAAUUAUUAUGACAUCCUAGGUGUUCCUAGAAAUGCAUCCGACCGCCAGAUUAAGAAGGCGUUUCAUAAGCUAGCAAUGAAAUAUCACCCGGACAAAAAUAAGAGUCCUGGAGCGGAAGCAAAAUUCCGGGAAAUUGCAGAAGCCUAUGAAACAUUGUCAGAUGAAAAUAAACGAAGAGAAUAUGACCAGUUUGGCCAUGAAAGAAGCAAUGGAAACACUUUCCAGCAGCCAUUUAACUUCAAUUUUGAUGACUUGUUUAAAGACUUUGAUUUCUUUGGCCAAAACCACAAUACACAGUCAAAAAAACACUUUGGAAAUGAUUUUCACAGCAAUCAGCAGGCAUACAGCAGGCAAAGACAUUCCUUUCAGGAAUUUUCCUUUGGAGGUGGACUGUUUGAUGACAUGUUUGAAGACAUGGAAAAAAUGUUUUCAUUCAGUGGAUUUGACAGAACACAUAGGCAUACAGUGCGAUCGGGAAACAAAUUUCAUGGAUCUAGUAAGCAUUGCAGAACUGUUACCCAGCGUCGAGGAAACAUGGUUACUACGUAUACAGACUGUUCUGGACAAUAAUACUUAAGUUCCCUUUGUUUUGUGUUUAAUUACUUUCUUGUUCUUUGCUGAUAAAGUACAGAGGAUCUUCUGUGAAUGGUGUGAGAUUUAUAGUUGAAUCAAAAUAAUUUAGCUGCUGCAGAUAAGCUGUAGCAAAACUGAUAACUUGCAGCAGAAGGGCAGCAAAGGCAGAAUGGAUGAAUUAUUUCAUUAACUAUACAUAGAACUUGCAUGUGGGGGAAAGUCUCCAUAUGUAGUGUUAGAUUCUAUUUUUAAUAAUAUAGAACCAGGUUAACAGAUUACCUCAAUGUUAUGUUUAUUCUUUACACCUGGCAAAGAAUGUUAGUGGUGCACUAGACAUUGUAGAAACAGGAAUCUGAGAACAUUAAAGUGUGUGUUAUGGAGUGCUCAUGUUUUUGAUUCGCACAGCAUUUUUCUGCUGUUAACUUGAGUUGUGUUUUGUCAUACAAAAAAUACAAAAUACAACCGUGAACAUUAAAAUUUGACUGCAUUUUAAGUGCUAUGAUCAUUUAAGGUUAACUUUAACAUUUCUUGGUAAAUAUUAAGUACAAAGUAGAGGAUAUAUUAGCAGGAAUUGAUUAUAUUAGCCAGGCACAGCUCAUUCUCUUGCCCAGUAUUUCAGAUUGCUCUAUUAGCUCGUUGUAUACAUCAUUCAUGGUCUUAUUUAUGCUGUUAAAAUGAGGGCAAAAUAUAUCUGAUCACCACCUGAUGUGAAUUUUUUUACCUGGUAGAUAUAUACCUAUUUAGGAACUGUUUCUUCCUUGCUGUUUUAGACUUAAUAGCUUAGAGACUGGGAUAUAGUUCUCCCAUACUCGUAUAGGCAAUCCUGCCCGUUGGUAUCUUCAGUGUUUCAUUGACUCAGUGCAAUCCUAUGCAAAGUUAUUCCAGUCCAGUAUUUCAUUUGGUUUAAGCUGGGGUAACCACAUAGUAGAAAAAAGCUGAGAGCUUGCUGACAUCUUUUUUGCCUCUAAUCCCUAUGCUUUAUGGUUCAGCUGCCCUACAGAUGUUCUACAUAUGACUCUAUGGUGAAAUUGACUACCUUGCUUUCUGAAGAGGCCAUAAACAUGUAAUCAUCCUAGCAGGUGUGCCAGAUAAUUGGUAGUGUCCCUCAAGGCAUAACAAUAACUAAGCUGUUCUUGUCUCCCUUAGUUUUAUUUCUCCCUGGGAAAUUCUGUUGAACAAGUCCCUGAUUUCUUGUUUACAUUGAUGGCUCUUAUGCCACAUUGAAUUGCAGAUGAAUAUGGACUAGCUAGAUAUAAAACUAGUCUGUAUUAAUAUAUUAGGUGUAGAGCUUUAAGUCUGAUGUUCCUGUCAACCUGACGAUAACAUUCUUUUCAAUAUAGUUCACACAUUCAUCUGUUCAUCCAGUGUAGAAAAAUAAGUGAUGUACAUGAGUGAGUGAACCACUUUCUACAUAAUGGCCAAUUAAGCACAAGUUAUUUGCUGCAUAGUGUGGAUGAAUGUCCUUUGUAGCAAGAUUUUACUUUCCACUUUCUCCAGGGCAAGCAACACCACUUCUUUUAAAAAAAAACUUUAAAAACUCUUUUAUUUUUUCAUCAUACACAGGAACAAAAAUAAACAUGAACACUUUCACACCAUUCCCACAUGGUAAUACAAAACAAGAACAUGAAAUACAAAAGGAAAAUAACCAAAAAAGUGACUUCUUGCUAUGUCAUUAUUGAAUUCUAGUCCAUUCUAGGUUCAUGCAUCUAAUUAAAAUGAAACAAUUUAUCACUUGCA